AUGUCUACCCGCAAGAGAAAGCAAGAGGACGAGGAGGACGAGCUCGUGUCUCUGCCUGACGAGUCUGACGGCGAAGAGGAACCCGAAUAUAUUUCCUCCGAGGACGGCGAAGACUACGGCGACGAAGAGGAGGAAGAAGAUGCCGAAGCCGAGGGCGAGGACGCCGAAGAUGACGAUGCCAACGGCCAGGAUGACGAUGCGCCGCCUGUAAAGAAGCGCAAGACGGCCCCUGUUGCUGAUGCAGAGGAAGAGGAAGAGCCCGAGGCCGAGGCAGAGGAGGAUGAAGAGGAGGAAGAGGAAGACGCCGACGACACCAAGGCCACCAAUGGCAAUGCCCACAAGGCCGUCAUCAAGGACAUUGAUGCGCCUGCCGCUGGCGACGACGAAACAGAAGCCGUCGCUGCCGAUGGCGACGACGACGAUGAGGAGUAG